CUGGAAGCGGACUCGCGCCGGACCGGGGCGGUGUCCCGGGAGGGCCCAGGGGGCGGAGCUCGCGGGCCGGGCGCGCUGGGUCGGGGCGGGUCUGCGCCGCCGCCGUCCGCGCCGCCCCGCCCUCGGCCCCGCCGCUCGCUCCGUUCCGCACGCUGCAGCCCCCGCCGUAGCCGCCGCGGAGCCCACUGCCAACGCUCCUGAGAAGAUGGCUGUGCCUCCCACGUAUGCUGAUCUUGGCAAAUCUGCCAGGGAUGUCUUCACAAAGGGCUAUGGAUUUGGCUUAAUAAAACUUGAUCUGAAAACAAAAUCCGAGAAUGGAUUGGAAUUUACGAGCUCAGGUUCAGCCAACACUGAGACCACCAAAGUGACGGGCAGCCUGGAAACCAAGUACAGAUGGACUGAAUAUGGCCUGACGUUUACAGAGAAAUGGAACACGGACAACACGCUGGGCACGGAGAUCACUGUGGAGGACCAGCUUGCGCGUGGCCUGAAGCUGACCUUCGAUUCAUCCUUCUCACCAAACACUGGGAAAAAAAACGCUAAAAUUAAGACAGGGUACAAGCGGGAACAUAUCAACCUGGGCUGUGACGUGGAUUUUGAUAUAGCCGGUCCUUCCAUCCGGGGCGCUCUGGUGCUGGGUUAUGAAGGCUGGCUGGCUGGCUACCAGAUGAAUUUUGAGACCGCAAAGUCUCGAGUGACUCAGAGCAACUUUGCGGUUGGCUACAAGACCGAUGAGUUCCAGCUUCACACUAAUGUAAAUGAUGGAACAGAGUUUGGUGGCUCCAUUUAUCAGAAGGUGAACAAGAAGCUGGAGACUGCUGUUAAUCUGGCCUGGACAGCAGGAAACAGUAACACUCGCUUCGGAAUAGCAGCCAAGUACCAGAUUGACCCAGACGCCUGCUUCUCGGCUAAAGUGAACAACUCCAGCCUGAUAGGAUUAGGAUAUACUCAGACCCUAAAGCCAGGUAUCAAACUGACACUGUCGGCUCUGCUGGAUGGCAAGAAUGUCAAUGCUGGUGGCCACAAGCUUGGUCUAGGACUGGAGUUUCAAGCAUAAAUGAAUAUUGUACAAUCGUUUAAUUUUAAACUAUUUUGCAGCAUAGCUACCUUCAGAAUUUAGUGUACCUUUUAAUGUUGUAUGUCUGGGAUGCAAGUAUUGCUAAAUAUCAUGUUAGACUUCCAGGUUAAAGAUGAUUCAGCUUUAGGGUGUUACCCUUUCAGAGGUACAGAAGAAACCCAAUUUCAAAAAGGUCCUUUCAGCUGUAGACUUGGUGGGGAGCUUGCUGGCCCCACUAGAGAUGUCAGGUUUCUUUUUUACCUAGAAAUGGCUGCAAGUGGAAGCUGAUAAUUUGCAGGCACUUUGUAAAUUCCUAUUGAGUAAUUGAAUGAAAUUGUAACUUCCUGAGAAUUGAACCUUGGUUUCCUACCCUAACUGAUUGAGGAGAGGCUCUUUGUUUGAUGGUGUGUACAAACUUAUCUGAAAGGGACUUUUUUAGGCAGGGACUUUUUCCACCUCCAUCCAUCACCUCUUUUACACAAAAAGUAGUGUGCAGGGUGUGGUAGCUCUUUCUUUUGUGCCAUUUUGGGGUGGAGAAGUUGUGAUGAAGCCAAUAAUUCAGGACUUAAUUCCCUCUCACAUUGUGGUUUUUUUGCCCUUGCACCAGAGUAUGAAGUAGCUUCUAAGAGCCCCAGCUGCAAGCUGGGAAGAGUCUCUGUGACUGUAAUCACAUGGUGACAACACUCAGAAUCUAAAUUGGACUUCUGUUGUAUUCUCGCCACUCAAGUUUAUUUUUUAGCAGUUUAAUGGGUACAUUUUAGAGUUCCAUUUUGUGUGGAAUUAGAUUCUCCCCUUCAAAUGCUGUAAUUAACAUCACUUAAAACUUGAAUAAAAUAUUGAAACCUUAUCCUUCUUUGGUUGUCUUUAUUAAUAAAAGUGUAAAUAAACAGGGCAUAUGUUUGUCUUGUUGUUCAGCUUCUUGCUGUGGUUAUGUGUGUGUGAUAUUUUUAGUUUUCUGUUGCUGCAUAACAAAUUACCACAAAUUUAGUGGCUUAAAACAAUACUUACUUAUUUCAUAGCUCUGUUGGUCAGAAGUCCAAGCACUAGGUACCUAGGCUCUCUUAAGAUUCUCACAGUGGUGAAAUUAGGAUGUCAGCCAAACUGUGUCUUCAUCUUAAGCUUGGGGUAGUCUUCUAGGCUCACAUGGUUGUAGCAGAAUUCAGUUGCCUUUAGUUGUAAGACAGUGGUUUCUAUUGAUAUUUUGUUGCCGGCUAUCAGCUAGGGGCUGCUUUCAGCAAACAGAGACCAUCUGCAUUGCUUGACACGUGGUCUUCUCCAUUUUGAAAGCUGGAACAGAAAAACUUCAUCAGCAAAUCCUUGCCACACUUAUUUCCUCCAGAAGAGCCCAAACACCUAAUUCUCAAAAAAUUUUAUAUUUAAAAUUAAGAUAUAAUUGGCAUAUAACAUUAUGUUAGUUUCAGGUGUACAACAAAUGAUUUGAUAUUUGUAUGUAUUGUGAAAUAAUCACCAUACCUGGAUGUCCAGUUAACAUCCAUUACUUGUACAGAAUUGUUUUUUUCUUGUGAUGAGAAGUUUUUUCUUUUUUUAAAAAUGUUUUUAUUUAUUUAUUGGACAUGUAGCAUGUGGGAUCUUAGUUCCCCAACCACGGAUCAAACCCAUGCCCCCUCCAUUGGGAGCUCAGAGUCUUAACCACUGGACCACCAGGGAAGUCCCUGAUGAGAAGUUUUAAAACCAUUAGUUAUGGUCACUGUGCUGUACAUUACAUCCCCAUAACUUAUAUCCUUUCAAGGGCUCACCUGAUUAGGUCAGGUCCACUGAGGACAGUUUCCCAUUAAAGUCAACUGUCCACAUAGCAUAACCUAAUCACAGGAGUGCUAGCUCACAUUCACCUGUCCCUCCCACACUCAAAGGCAGGGGAUCAUAUAAAGGUAUGGAUCACUGGGGAUGAUCCAUAUAUAUUUAGAAAUAACUUGUGGACUUCAAGCAUUUACAAAACAUCAAUAGAAUAGUAACUCUGCAUGUGUAUUACUCAGCUUCAUUGAAUGUAAACUUUUUUCCUAUUCAGUGAUAAAUAGUUUUAGGCAGAAUUCCUUUUUAUGGGUGUGUGAAAGUGGCAAUUCCAAACAGGUAUCAGAUUUACUUUUAGCAAACUGGUCACCCCAAACCUGCUGGCUUCAGUAUUUGUCAUAUUUUAUCAGGUUCAUAAAGACCUGCAGCUAUUUCAAAGAGAACUUUGUUAAAUGUGUUCAGAGACUGUGGUACAUAAAGCUUGUUGGGUACAUCCAGUUAGAUGCUAGGUACAGUAAUGGUACUUUGAAAGGUACAAAGGGCUCUCUGAGGGAAUAUUUUCCAUUUAUAUAUUGUCUGUUGCAUGCAGCAUGUCAGAAUAUUGUGCAAAAUGCCCUGAGUUCAUGAUACACCAGUAGGAGAAUUUAAACAAUCUAGUAUGGGGACAAACGAACAAAGAGGACAAAAAAGAGGACUGAAGGUAUGUUCGUUACAGGAAAAAGGCCUGAUUAAGCCUGAAUCUCCCAACAUGCAGACGCUAGAAUUGACUUAUUUGUAAAAUUGAGUGAUGGUUUUUGUACUCAGAGGGAAAGCUCUGGGGGAACUUGGGAGGACUCUGAACCCUGGCUACCCUGAAGUUUUGCAAUAAGGGCACCAUUCAGUCUGUUUGGGCUUGUGGCUGGCUUGGGGAAAUGAAUAGAUGAAUGACCUCUUAGUUUUCUUAACAACACAGAGUUUGUGUGUUUCUGAGCGGUCACCAGGGCCAGAUAAAUGUUAAGGGAAACCAGAUUCAGGAGAACACAGGCCCUUCUCUCCUCAGAGAGGCAGCUCAACUGUAUAUGGGGGAGAGGAGCAAGCUUCUAAGGGAAUCAUGGAGACCAGAGUGGAGAAGCUGUGGGAGCUCCAGUCCUGGCCGUGGCGUCAUCACGCUGGGUCGCAAACGCCUACGGACGCCGCGAUGCUUUACGUAGUGUCUGACGUCACGACGCAGAGCCUAGCAACCGCGCAGGCUCGUAGCCGAGACCGUUAUGGCUGCCGCCGCCCGGAGGAGGAUGCGCGGCGCCGAGCAAGCAAAUCUGCCGCCCAGGCCAGGUGUCCAGGUCCCCGGAGGGCUGGCGCGGCCGCUGGUCCUGGCUCUCCUGCUUGCAUCCGCCAUCACGCCCAGUGAGACUGAUUCAUGGAGCCAGCCUGAACUCAAGUCAGAUGUUUCUACUGCAAAUAUGAAUGCUUUAACAAAGGAAAACCAAACCACACCUUCUGCUUCCCGAACCAGCACCACUCUCCCUCCCACAACCAGCACAGAAAAAAGUGGAGCGGCGUCCGUGGCCCCUCGCCCCUCGCCUACUACUGCUCUGUUCCAAGAGGAGGUUGAUAACAAUGAAGAUCCUAGCAUAGAGGAGGAGGAUCUUCUCACACUGAACAGUUCUCCGUCCACUGCCAAAGACACUCUGGACAACGGGGAUUAUGGAGAACCAGACUAUGACUGGACCACCAGCCCCCGGGAUGAUGAGUCCAGUGAAGCCUUGGAAGAAAACAGGGGCUACAUGGAAAUUGAACAGUCAGAGAGACCUUUUAAAACCCCACCCUCAAAUAUAGAAGAGGAAGAUAGCCAUUUCUUUUUCCACCUUAUUAUUUUUGCUUUUUGUAUUGCUAUUGUUUAUAUUACAUAUCACAACAAAAGGAAGAUUUUCCUUCUGGUUCAAAGCAGAAAAUGGCGUGAUGGUUUUUGUUCCAAAACAGUGGAAUAUCAUCGUCUUGACCAGAAUGUUAAUGAAGCAAUGCCUUCUCUGAAGAUUACCAAUGAUUAUAUAUUUUAAAGCACUGUGAUUUGCAUUUGCUUAUUAUGUAAUUUUAUUUGCUUGACUUUUUAUAUGAUAUUGUGCAGAUGUUUGCCAUUGGCAGUUCAUACUUAAAUGAGAGGUAGGCCUCUCUUUAUUUUGCCUUGGUGCUUUGGAAAUUAAGUAUCACGAACAAGGAGUAUAUACUUUUUUAUCUACAUUUUUAGAGGUGAAUUCAAUCAGGUGUCCAAAAUGUGGAGCUACGCAUUACCUGUUAGUUUUUUAUUGUUUUAGAUUUCUUUAUUGUACUUCUUCUGGAAGUGUUAGUAAUGCUACUUUUAAAAAAUCCCAAACUUACAAUUAAAUUCUAACACAUCUGAUACUGCUGACUCAGAUUCUCUUUCUGCCAUCCAAAUACUGUUUAUUAAGCACACAUUUCUUUGUGCUGUCAAACUGUAAUCUACAAGGAUAUAUGUAAUAAUGCUUUACAUAUAAGUAACAUUUUUUUCUUCCAGGAAAAUUGCUUUGGGUAUUUUUGGAUAAUUUAUGUAUAAUUUAUUAUUGCUCAUUCUGACCAUGAUUUUAAGUAGCACAUUAAUAAAUGUGUCUAGAAAUUCUGGCAAUAGAGACUCUGCAGUUUGCAGUGGACGUAAAUAAAAUGUUAUAGAUAGCUUUUUUGGUUUCAAUUACUGAAUUAAAUUUAGAGGUAGAAAUUGUCGUGAAAUAUUAAAUACACGUACAAUUGCUUUUACUUAGCAAUUGAUUGUAGCACGGGUUCCUCCAAGCUUUCAAGCAAGGGGCAGAGUUUAAAAUUAUAUCAUAUUUGUUCACUUGCUUAUUUUUUAUAGUAAGUUUGAAUGAAUUUUAGGAGACAUUGUAAUUUAAAUAAUAUUGUAUCUAGGUCUUUCAAAUUAAAAUUAUACCUGUUUGUAUACAUAAAGGCUGUAUAUGUACACUGACUCUUUCUCCCUUUGUUUUGUUUCUUGUUCUUUUUUAAUAGCAACUGGAAAUUACUUAUUAUAUUUAAUUUUGACUUGUCUUUCUAUCAUAAGGAGUUGAUCAGUAUGUAAAUAUGUGAUUUGAAACAUGGUUGACUUACAGGUGUCACAACAACUUUUUAGAAAACACAACCCCUAAUAUAUGUUAAACACCACUCACAAAACCCAGGUGAGCUAGUGGGCAUGUGGUUUGUGUAGAGAUGGAAGAGGCAGGGUAGUCCAUCAUUUCUCUAGGGUGGACUGUUUACUGUUACAGUAAGGAAGGGAGGCACAGUGGAAGUACACCUGAACUGUUAUUGCAGUAAUUUUUUUCAUAUCUGAAAUUGUAUUAUUUAAUAUUUUGAAUAAGAUUUUAAAAAAUAAAUGGCAAAGAUAUAAAUUCA